AUGGCGGAAGGUGAUAAUAUAUCAACGUAUAGUGUAGAUGGAGGUCAAGAUACAGUUGGUUUGCCCCGAAUAGUGAUGGUCACAGAAGGUUCAGAUACUUCAGCAUCUUCUGCAUCAUCUACAUCAUCAUCGGAGGAUAAUUGGGCUGAUCUCAUUAAAUCAUCCGAAAUACCGCCAGAAUAUUGGCACAUACAAAAGUUAGUCAAAUAUAUGAAAGCUGGCAAUCAAACUGCUACAAUGGUCGCAUUAUCUUGCUUAAAAGACCACGACCUAACUAUUGAGGUCAAUCAAAGAGCAAUACAAGAGAUCGGUGGAUUGGAACUGUUAGUUAAUUUAUUAGAAACGAGAGAUUUGUGUUGUAUUCUAGGAGGCUUGGCAGUUUUAAAGGAUAUAACACCCAAUAUAGAAAUUAGAAAGAAAGUAACAGAUUUGGGUGCCAUUCCUUUAUUAGUAGGACUAUUAUCAGAUCCUGCUAGAGAUGUACAAAUAUUAGCAGCUGAAACUAUAGCUAAUUUGGGAAGAAUUCGAAAAAGCAGGAAAUUCUGUAGAAAAUUCGGUGGAAUACCAAAGCUGAUAGAUUUGUUGGAUAUUAAGGAUAGGUGCCUCGUUACACCCAGAGAAGAACUCAAUCAAGACGAGUUACAGUUCCUCGAUAUAGCACGUGCUGGCGCAAAAGCAUUAUGGUCCAUGUCAUCCUCGCAAAGAAACCGCGAGGCAAUGAGAAAGUACGGCAUGAUACCUCUGAUUGCUAGAAUUCUUAAGACCAUUCACUUAGAUGUAGCUGUGCCUGCAGUUGGUCUGUUACAGAUGUGUGCUAAUGAAACUUCCUUUCAACUUGCUAUACAGACCGAAAAGAUGGUUGAUGAUUUGAUAAAACACUUAGCCAAUGAGGACAAGGACUUAAAGACCUAUUGCAGUCUAGCGAUGUAUAAAUGCGCUAGUGACGCAAUAACGAGAGAUAUGAUACGUGAAGCUGGAGGUCUUGAAUUAUUGGUGGAAGCGGCUCAGGACUCUACAAAUAGAGCGAACAAGCCUCUAAUGGCCGCUGUUACUGGAGCCUUAUGGAAAUGUGCGAACAGUGAAGCAAGUGUCAAAAGAUUAGAUCACCUCGGUGCAGUGCCUAUACUUGUAAGCUUAUUGGAUGAUGAAAAUGAUGGGGUUUUAACAAAUGUAGCAGGAGCUUUGGCAGAAUGUGCCAAGUAUCCACCCAAUCGAGAUAAGAUUCGAAGUUCUGGCGGAAUUCCAAUGCUAAUACAUCAUCUCAAUAACACACACAAGCCGUUACUAGAAAACGUACCGCUAGUAUUGAUGGAAUGUGCAAAAGAACAAAACUGUAUGAUGGAGAUCGACGAGUUAGACGGAGUGCGUCUUAUAUGGUCGUUACUCAAAAAUGAUUCCAAAAAGGUCCAAACAAAUGCAGCGCUCGCACUAAGUCCUUGCGUUCAAAACGCAACAGAUUCAGGGGAAAUGGUCAGAUCUUUUGUUGGGGCUUUGGAAUUGACAGUCGAUUUGUUAGAUUCGGAUGAUCAUAAUGUGUUGUCUGCAGUUUGUGCUGCGAUUGCUACUAUUGCACGCGAUCAUGAAAACUUAGCUGUGAUCUCCGACCACGGUGUCGUUGCAAAACUUUCGAAACUCGUGAGCACAACAGAUGAUCAUCUGAGAGCAAACCUGGGUGUGGCAAUCGCGUACUGCUGCGACUGGGCGCAAAAUCGCCAAGAAUUCGGCAAAAGAGGUGCAAUCACACCGCUAGUGAACUACAUGACUUCAAGGGAUCCCAAUGUGCACAGAGCUACUGCUUUGGCCCUAUACCAUCUCUCCUUCUACUCUAUAAACUGUGUUACAAUGCAUGCGGCUGGUGUAGUUCAAUUUUUAUUGGAAACUAUAGGGUCAAAGGAUCCUAUUUUACAAGAAGCAUCUGCCGGUUGUCUAUGCAACAUACGCAAACUUGCGCUCGCCACUGAGAAGAUUAAAUUAAAGCAUGAAAUGGGAAACGAUGAGAGCCCCAAGGCGUCAGUGGAUCGGCGAUCGCGGAGUAGAUUGAAGUCCACUAGAAGUCGGCGUCGUGGUGAUAGCAGUCGCAGUGUGCGAAGCCAUGCGAACCACCAUCACCAGACCCGCAGUGGUCGCUCGCCCAGCCGACGGUCGCGCAGCCGUAUGUGUGUGCAGUCACGCAGUCGCGCUGAUCGUCGCAGGCACAGUCGUGCCAACUACCGGACGCGCAGCCGCAGCAGCCACCGAUCGCUAAGUCCUACCAGUCACCGUUCACGCAGCCGACCUGGACACAGCAGGGCCGUGCAGCGUGGCCAUACUGAAACCAGCCAGAUGCAACGGCAACAACAGCAAAGGUCUCCCCGCCAAGUUUUAACACCAGACAGCAAAAGCAAAGAACUAUAUAAUAAGAAUUCUGUACAACCUAAAAUUUUUAAAAUUGGAGAUUUGGUUAGCGUUGCGAGAGAAAUACAAUCGUCAGGACAAAGCCGUAAGUUAGUUCCAAAAUUUCAGGGCCCAUAUCGUAUAGCCUCAGUAUUAGGGAACGAUAGAUAUGAGAUUGUAGAUACACCUCUUACACGUAAGGGCAAUCGUAAAUUUACUUCUGUAGUCGCGGUCGAUAAAUUAAAACCGUGGCUAAGUUAUAACAGACCUGAUGAAAUUGAAUCUAGUAACGAAGAUAAUAUUGAAGAUUCUAAUUCUGAUUGU